CAGCAGUUUUCUUCCAGCAGACUGGGGAAGGGGAUGAAAGGGGCAAAGAAGAGGAAGUUGGCCUGUUUCAUUGUGUCACCACUGUCUACCAAGCUACCAAUGCAAAUGCUAUUAACAAAUGGUUUGUUUAAAAUCUGUUUGAAUCUUCCAAAACAUGGUUAAUAUGAUUUUUUGUCUUGCUAACCAGAAAAUAGUUCAUUUUAAACUGCACAGCAACUUAGAUUUUAUUUUUUAAAAUAUAUCCAAAAAAGUGGAAAUUAUUUGCUUCGGAAAGAAAGACAUCAGCAAGACAACACAUGACAAGGAGUGAGUCACUCUCAUGCUGCUAGUCAUUUCCCUAAAGGCUCCAAAUGUGCUAAGUUCUUUCCUCCUGUUUUUAUAUGUCACAAUUGUAAAUGUAAAUAUGUUUUAUUGGAAUUUAAUUUAACAAAUCAACACAAAGUACUGCAAGAGUGUGAAUUUUUUAUGCAUAUAAAUCUGAAAAGUUUGAAGAGAAUUUGUAUUCCGUCUCCCUGUGCCAAUACUUUGUAGAACCAUAAUUGUUCUGUACAAAACGGCUCAAGAUCUGUCAGAUGUGAUGUAGAGCAUCUGUAACUGGCACAUUUCAAGUAUUGUCACAUAUUCUCACUUGGAUGUUCAUUUGGAAUUGAAUUAGGCUAUACCAACAGGUAAAUAUGCUUUGAACUAAGCCUCUCUUGUGGUUCUGGCUGUAUGCUUGAAGGUAAAUCUCAGUCCUAGUUCCGAGUUGUUUGCAACCUUUAACAGAUUUUCUUCCAGGAUUGCCGUGAACUAAGCUCCACCUUGCUUCUCUGCAGGCAUGAGGUUAUCACCAACAUGUUUUACACAGGUGAGGGUGAAUUUAAGGUGAUAUACUGCAAUAGAUGUCUGAUAUUGCAAUGCAUUUUGCAGAAAGGUAAUUUUGGUCUCACCUUACCAGAGCAACUUUUACACCUGUUGGCUUUGGCUUUGUAGUAAGAAAUAAACAGGACUUUUCAGGAAUUUUUUCAACCAUUUCUUUUUUCAUCUUACUAUUCCAUGGAGGUCAAUUUUGUGGUGUGCAUAACAAGAAUAGUUGUCUUAUCAACAGAUUGUGUUUGUUAAGCUAAGGAUUUCCAUGUGUUUAGGUGGAUGGUCAUGUCUUAGGAGGUUUGCAUUUAAUUAAACAGAGCUCUGUGGGGAGUUUAAAUCUUGGAGUUGAUCUUAUAACUGUAAUUGUAUUGUUAUUAAAAUGCAUCGAGGUGGAGUAUAGCAGUCGGCUGGCUGCAAUGGAUUUUAUUUAGACUUAUCAGAGUAAAGGGGUUAAACACUUUUCCAUGCCACACUUUUCAGAUUUGUAUUUGUAAAGAAAAUAGAAUAUCUGUUGGUCUGUAACAAAAAUUAUAAUACAAUGGUUUGUUUUUCAUUGUGUGAAAAGGUUCAAGGGAUACAUAUACUUUAGCAAGGUAUUGUAAUGAACCUCCAGUGUUGAUGAUAAAAGGUUGUAGAAAACUUUCCACAGCAAUAAGACUAUAAAAACAAUAUCAAAAAUGAUUAAUAGUUAACCUGUCUGACACUGAAGUUUUGCCAUCUGGCAACAUAUAGAAAUGCCAGUAGGUCACUACUGAAAGGAAAGCACAACAGAAAAACAUAUUAUUUGAGUAUUUUAACAGGAAAGCCUUCUCUGUCCUCUAAGACUAUUCAAGAAACAUUCUGAAUGUUUAGUGUGUCUCAUGUUUAGUGGGUGAAAAUGAAAGCAUUGUUCCACAUAUUUAAACUAAAACAAAUAGGCAAAAUCAGGUGCAAAACCCUGAACAUUGAACCUUUGGAGAGUUGCCACCUUCAACUAGUACUUAAGACAAAGGCUAACUGCUGUUGCUGCAACACUCAGCAGAAAAAGGGGAGUGUUGCAGGAGGAGCAACACUCACCUGACUGAGGAGAUAAUAACAAACGAAGCACCACACUUUAUGGUAAGGUUUUAGAAGAAUGUGCAGACCUCUAUCAUUUAAAAGUAAAAGUCUGACUAUUUCGGCUUUGUAAGAAAACUUUAAUGUGUAAGUUGUAAUUUGAACUGAAUCAACAUUUUGGCAGUAUUCUCUGAAACCAUGACCUCAGCUCAGGAGCUGCUUCGAUCUCAGAGGGAACUGUUGCUGAACUGGACUUGCGACCAUCCAGCUCCCCUGUUACGUUGGCUCUAUGACGAUGAGGUGCUCUCUCCCAGCUCCUACCUAUCUUUACUAGAAAAACCCCCACCUGAUGCUGUGGCUCAGGCUCUGGAGACAGCAUGUGCCUCAGAGGAGAGCAGUCAACGGUUCCUGCAGGUGCUGAAAGAAGUGCAAGAUUAUUACUGCAAGGAUCUGCACAUUUGGGUUGAUAGACACUGUAGAUCUUUUGCAAACAAGCAACCACCAUCUGAAGUGGUAGAAGCUGAAGAUAAGCACAAGAAACCUAGAGGACCCAUUGCUAAACUAUUCAAAAGGAAGAACAAAGGAUUCUCCAUAACACAGGAGGUUAGAGGUAAGAAAGAUCUAAAACCAACAAGGAGUCAAAGGGUGGCCAACCUAAAAGCUCAAAUUUCUAUCCACAAAACAACCUUCCUGAAGCGCAUGGAGGAGCUGAAGUGUUACUCGGAGGGCAGUGGAGAAGUUUCAAACUCAACUUCUCACAUUGAGAUUCGCUACACUGACCUCUUCGUGACAGAGGACAACGACUUCACUGACAGCAGUCAACAUGAGUACUUUGACUUAGCAAGCAGACGAGCCCGUAUCUAUGUCCACCAAUCAUGCCAGCGCAUUAGACCAAGCCAACUACUGAGUCCUCAAGAGACAACAGGACAGCCACCUAAAAGGGUUAAAGUGAAGGGUAUUGCUGGUAUUGGAAAGAGUGUAGCGGUCCAGAGGCUCGUCUAUGAAUGGGCAAUCGGAAAGAGCAUGCGCGAAUUCACCUGCAUCUUUGAUUUAUCUUUCAGAGAGCUCAAUCUAAUUGAAGCUCCUAUUAGUUUGUUGGAGCUACUGGGAGAGAAGUUCCGGCACUUAAAGGAUGCUCUUCCUGAUCUGUUCACUGCACCAGGAUCUCUGCUCUUCAUCCUUGAUGGCUUAGAUGAGUUUAGAUUCUCUUUAGACUGGAAAAGUAGGGACAAAAACAUUGGUAUAAAGUCAAAGCUGCCCGUGUCUGAGCUGGUAGUUGCUUUGAUUAAAGGAAAUCUUCUCCCAGAGGCAUCCAUCAUUCUCACAACAAGGCCAUCUACAGAAGCUCCAAAGCGUUUCUUUCAGAGAUGCUGUGUGGUGCUGGGCUUCGAGGAAAACCAGGUCAAAGAGUAUACCACCAAGUUCUACAAGGACAGGAAAGUCGCAGAAAAAGUCUACGAUUACAUCUCGAACAAUGACAGCAUUUUUGUGUUGUCCUUUAUUCCACUUUAUUGUUACAUCAUCUGUACUGCUAUGCUGGAGUUCUUCUUGGGAUCUCAGGAUCUUGGUGACUUUAAAUCUCUGGAGUUAAACCCACCCAGAACAGUGAGUGAGGUUUACUUCUGCUAUCUGUUUACAACAGUCAAACACCAUGCACUGAGGGCAAGUGCAGAAAGGUCAACUUCAAGAUCAGAAGUUCUCUCCCAAGCAAAGCAACAGCUGACAAACCUGGGAAAACUGGCUUACGAAAAUCUCCUGCAGAGGAAGAUCAUGUUCAGCAGAAAAGACCUGGAGAAUUAUGGUGUAACACCAGUUAAUAUUCAAAGCACCUUUCUUUGUCAGAUCCUUCAUCCUCUCAAAGAGGAGGCAGUGGAGAUGUUUUCCUUCUUCCACUUGACUGUUCAGGAACAUUUGGCAGCUCUCUACUGUGCCCUCAACCUCUUCAAUCAGGAGGAUAUAACUCAAGCUUUAAACCUCUGGUGCUUUGGGUUACAUCCACCAUCUGUCUCUUCUACAUUGCUAAAAAACAUAGAGCUUAACAUGGACAUCCUGGAUAGUCUUCAAAUGUUCACAAGGUUCUUUAUGGGACUUCUACGAACGAGAUUAGCGAAGCAACUAGAUGGCCUUGUUAACCCCUCCAAGGAGGAAGAGAAUGGAAUCCCCACCAGUCUGGGAUUAUGGUUCCAAGACCAAUUUAAACACAAGGAGAUGAAAAAUGAAACCGCAUUGAAUCUUUUGCAUUGUUUGAUGGAGUUUCACACGAACGAGACCACUACCAUCGCAGCACCAGAGAUUAAGAAGCUUAACUUGUUUAAAAUGAAGUUGAAUAUUGUGGACUGUGCAGCAAUGCACUAUGUGCUGAAGUUUUCUCCACACACGCUUCAGGAACUCAACCUGGGUUACUCCAACAUUGGAAACAGAGGACUCAACCGACUGAGGCCAAUCCUCCAUCGCUGUGAAUCUCUCUAUUUGAGAUACAACUGUCUGGAUUGGCAAGCAGCUUUAUUAGAAUCUGCAGUUCUGAAAUCAAACGAAUGCCAAGUCAAGAAACUCUUUAUGUGUGGAAACAACCUGGGUCCUGAAGGGGUUAAUGAGCUGUGGACCGCCCUGGAGAAUAACACCACUGUUGAAGAGCUCUAUCUGGACAUCACUGGUAUCACAGAGAAAGGGACGGAAAAUAUUGUUGACUGCCUCAGCAAAAACACUUCCCUUAAGAUUCUGACAAUUGUUGGAAAUGACAUUGGAGAGCUGGGCAGAAAAAGGCUCAGGGAACUGGAGAAAUUGAGACCAGAUCUAAGGAUUAUUGCAAACUUUGUGGACGACCUGGGGUUGCUCCAGGCCUACCUGGGCUGGGUGGAGGAGAUCCGUGCCGACAGGGACCAGAUGGACUCAGUGAAGAAUGUUGAUGCUCUGCAGUCAGUGCUGAGAGGCCUGCAGAACAGUGGGGGGGAAAUGGAGAAAGGAGAGAAUGCAGAUAAAGCUAUGGAGCUCCAGAUAAAGAUUGAGGAGCUGCUAAAAUCACAUUUGAUUGGAGGGAGUUGAACUUAACUUUUGUUUCAUAUUAUGUUGGAAUAAUCAAAAACAUUUUAAACAAAUUGACAUAAUGACUUUAGUCUGUUAAAGCAGGCAUCUCUGAAUUUAUGUGGCAUGUGUUAUUCAGUUUUUUCAAAAGAAGCUCUAGAAAUCACGGGUAAGUUCAGGUGGUUCUGUAAAUGCAGAUAUAAUCAAACUUAUUUGUCUUUAACAGAAUCUCCACCUUUUUUAGACAUUGAUCAUGAACUACUAUUAUUGCAGAUGCCAAACAUAAAAAAUGAGUAUUUCCUAGUCCAUAAUUCAUUGAAAGAGAAAAAUUAUUGUGCGCUCUAUUGUGUGCUUUGUCCCAGAAUGUUUGGUGGCUGAAAAUGUCCCAAGAACUAAAAAUAAA